AUGCACCAACUGAAUAUUGUUCACCGUAAUUUAAACCCUGAUAAUAUUUUGGUGGCAAUCGAUGACACCAACAGUAGUGACAUCGCAUUCAGCAGCACCGGUAUGCGGGAUGAGAUCAUUCAGAGCCUAUUUAAUGUACUCAUAUCGGCCCAGACAUCACCCGAUUGGCACCAGCGGCUCAACGCACAAGAGAUACUGGAGUUAAGGGACCAGUUUAUGUUGCACCCGGAUGAAAUCAUUGACAAUUAUAUUGCCAGUAGAUAG